AUGGAGCACACUUUUAUUACCAUCCACAACCUGAGCCCCGAGGCAAAUAUCCUAUUUGUUUCAGACUCAAUCACGGACAUCCUAGGUUGGAGACCUCACGAGGUCCAGGGCAGGUCGUGCUUCGACUACUUCCACCCAGACGAGGUCUUUCUCGCACAAGCGAUCCACAACCGCGGGGUUCUGCUGGAUAAAGCGGCGGUCCUCAACUAUGCGCGCAUCAUCUCACGCUCCGGAGAAUGGAUCAACUGCGAAUGCUGUUUUACCAUCGUCCACGAUGUCCUGGUCGCGUGUACGAGUGUGUACCGGCGUAGCAUGAAGAGCGAGAGGCGUGCGAUCGAGGCCCCGCAGAUUCGCCGCAUGUUUUCCUCGUCGAGUAGAGAUCCGAGAUAUAACAUGUUGGAGCACCUCUCGUCCAAAUUCACCACGCCCCCUGCGGAACGGGAGCCGCGGGCGGCCAUGAUUCUCAACAGGUUCACGCGUACUCUGUCCGUCAUGUUCUCGACGCCUGCCAUCGCAUCCAUUAUCGGCCUUGAACCGGACGAGAUCCAGCACAAGAGUUUCUACGAGUGCAUCGCGCCCAAUUGCCUGCCCGAUGCCAUCAGGUGCCUGGAGAGUGCCAAGGCCAACGAUUCGAUCGCCUACAUGCGCUUUUGGUUCCGAGAUCCACGGACGGAAGAGGACUCCGGGCUCCCUGACGGCAAUGGCAAUUCGGGCACGAUGGAAGACGAAUCGAGCAGCACCAGCGAUGACUCGGAUGGUGGUGCACCCAUCGACGAUCCGAUGGAGGUCGACAUGGGCACGACCUCUGAUCCAGACGGAAGAGCAUCCGGGCGCCGUAACCGCUCCCGUCGGAGACGCCUACCGCACAUCGAAUUGGAGGCCGUCAUCUCUUGUACGUCCGAUGGCCUGGUCGUAGUCCUCAGGAAGGCUCGACCGGCCAUACCGACACUACAAGUGCCAGAGGCACCCCCAGUCUAUCAGAACGGCCUGUUCGCCGCGCCAUGGGGUGCCGAGCCGAUCCACCCUCAUGAUCCUCCUCCGAUGUAUACCGACUACAACGCCAAUGUGGCCCCUGGCCAUGUGCAGCAAGCCUCCAACGGGCUCGCAGCCGGGGGCGAGUCCCAGAUGCAUCAGUUCAUGCAGUCAAUCCGAGACGUGGCCGUCUUCGCAUGGGCCCUUGUUGGCAUCAACAGCAACCUGGCAAAGUACUCACAGGGAACACCAGGUGGGGAAGCCCAGCCUGAGGGUUAUCCCUCGUCCAGCACGGACAGAAGCAGGAGUGAUUAUUGGUCUCACGGCUCGGGCGACGAAGCUGCGUUCACUGCACGGCCUCAACGAUCAGACGUGUCCUCUAUGACGUCUCAGUAUCCCUCUUACGGCUGCUCCACGGAGGUCUCGCCAUAUACAUCCGAUGACGCUACCAUGCAGCAGCAUACCGCUGCCAGAGCGCUGACUCACGACGACGGACAGGAGCACAUAAACCGCCCGCCAGCUGCCUCGAUGGCAUCAGGCACCCGUCAUGAAGAAGAUCAGCGCCCUCGGUCACACUGGGGCGAAGAAGGCACGUCUCGUAAUGUGAUGGAUCAUAGCCGAGGCCCGGAGUGA